GUUGCAUGUGCAGUCAGUAGUGUGUUCUAGGGGGCACGUGUCACGGAAUGUUCUGUGAAUGUGUUGGAUUUGGUUAGGAUUUCGAGGAUGAUUUAAUAUCGCACGGCGUAACGUCAAGGCAGAGUCGCAAGAGAUUUCGCUCGGAAAUCCGCGCAAGGCUUGUAUUGUUUUCGGGUCAACUACGCUGUCCUAAGAAUAAGCGAUUUAUCUGUGUACUCGUUGGCCUUUCUCGUAUAUCUGAUUAUACUCGAUGUUAAACUAGGCAGAAUACUGGCAACUGUAUUCUACCGCGAAGCAAUUUCUUAUUUGAAAGUAUUUCAAAGUUUCGAAAGGAAUGCGUGUGGGUAAUUUAAUAGUGCACCGCAGAUGUUUUAAGUUCAAAUAUUGGAGAACAAUUGUGAUGUGUAUGUGCUCAGUGAAUUGGUAAAUGGAACGACACGUCGGAGCCAGGCGGUUUAAGAGGUCCUCCUAAAGACGAUAUUUUGCAUCGGCGUUUGUGAUAUUGUCCAUGUGAAGUGGACGACUACUCGUCAUAAUGCAGAUGGCUGAGCAUAAACUAAUGCGUUCGUCACCUGUAGACUAUUCUUCGAUCAGAUCGAAGGAAGCUCUUAUUAGUCCAACGGAAGAUCAGUAUGAACUAUUACUGAAGCGAUUAAAAGAAAGGAUUCAAGAUGGCGGGAGCGAGACAAUCUUUGAUAUUGGUAUUGGAGAAGAUGGAUCCGAGGAUGGUUUGAAGGAAGAUGAGUACGAUGCUUCAGUUGCUACUCUUCAAUCACUCGCUACUACAUUGGAAGCUGACUGUGUGCUCUUACGCCAGAGCAAAGUGGAUCAGGGGCUCACUGGACAGUACUUAGUGAGAAGACGAUUAGACCAACAAGAUUUUCUAGAAAUCAGAGUGGCUGUAGUUGGUAACGUAGAUGCAGGGAAAUCUACUUUGUUAGGUGUAUUAACUCAUGGAGAACUUGAUAACGGUCGUGGAUUAGCUCGACAAAAAUUAUUUCGCCAUAAACAUGAGGCUGAAACAGGACGUACCAGUUCGGUGGGAAAUGACAUUCUUGGAUUUGAUAGUUUAGGAAACGUUGUUAACAAGCCUGAACAUGGAUCUUUGGAUUGGGUGAAAAUAUGUGAAAAGUCGUCGAAAGUAAUUACAUUCAUCGACCUUGCUGGACACGAGCGUUACUUGAAAACUACUGUUUUUGGAAUGACUGGUCAUGCCCCUGAUUUUGGUAUGUUAAUGGUGGGUGCAAAUGCAGGCAUUGUUGGGAUGACAAAGGAACAUCUAGGCUUAGCACUGGCAUUGUCGGUACCAGUAUUCGUAGUGGUCACCAAAAUUGACAUGUGUCCUCCGAAUGUAUUACAAGAAAAUUUAAGACUGCUAGUAAGAAUUUUGAAGUCACCUGGUUGUAGAAAAGUCCCGGUCAUGGUAAAAACAUUAGAUGAUGUGGUCAUUAGUGCCACAAACUUCGUCUCCGAAAGACUCUGCCCCAUAUUUCAAGUAUCGAAUGUCAAUGGAGAGAACUUGCAUCUCUUGAAAAUGUUUCUAAACUUACUGACUGCGCGGAUCACGAGCCAUGACGACGAACCGGCAGAGUUUCAGAUCGACGAUACAUAUUCUGUUCCGGGUGUAGGAACGGUCGUUUCUGGUACCACGUUAAAGGGUAUCAUUAAACUCAACGACACUUUACUCUUAGGACCAGAUCCGUUAGGCCACUUUACGCAGAUAUCCGUGAAAAGUAUUCACAGAAAAAGAAUGCCCGUCCGCGAAGUUCGCGGCGGCCAAACGGCAAGUUUUGCAUUAAAGAAGAUCAAGAGAUCGCAAAUUCGGAAGGGCAUGGUCAUGGUUUCGCCAUUGUUGAAUCCGCAAGCUUGUUGGGAAUUUGAAGGAGAAAUUUUAGUGCUGCAUCAUCCCACUACGAUUAGCUCACGCUAUCAAGCUAUGGUUCACUGCGGAAGCAUCAGGCAAACAGCUUCGAUCCUUUCGAUGUCACAAGACUGUCUGCGAACAGGUGACAAAGCAUUGGUGCACUUCAGAUUUAUCAAGCAUCCAGAAUUUAUAAAGCCUGGGCAAAGAAUGGUGUUUAGAGAAGGACGUACGAAAGCAGUCGGUAAUGUCCUACGACUUAUUCCACAUUCAAGCUCAAUUGGUUCGCAAAAUUCACGAGCGAAUAAACCUAACAAGGUUCAACAAGGUCGACAGCAUUGCUCGUCCACUGGUCCACUCUCACAGAUAUCCGACAUAACCGAUGGAAAUUCUACAUUCGAAGCACAGGCAGCUAAGAGAGAAAACACGCCACAGAGAGUAGCAGUAAAUUCAGCCAAUAAGAAGAGUAGAGGACGUAGAGGAGGAAGGAGUACCACCAACAGUAACGUAGUUCAACCUCUGUCGGAACAGAAUCCUCCUGCUAAUAUUUAAAAGAAAAAGGUCCUCACGAGCAAGACACCUAUAUUUUUAUUAAAAAGCUUUGCAUUCAUAUCAGAAGAUUCGAAUUGUCCGUUGAGACACAAAAUCAGUGAGCGUUAAGAACGAUUUUCGUCGGUAACUGCUUCGGAUGGUAUAUCAAAAGAAUCUUUUUUACUGACGUCGAUUAAAUUUCUUGGUGUCUCAUAUCACCUUAAAUGGCCGGUAUUGGGUCGCGAAAUAUCUCUUCAUAACGUUAAAAACCAGUAUCGAUUGCGAUAUAUUUCAUUAUAAGUGACGAAAGGGUUAAAUCUCUUUUCGUUUGAAAAGGAUGGUAUUAGGCCAAAUAUUGUGGUAAGUAAAAAUUGAAACCUUCAUUGAUUACCGAUCACUUUAUUGUAUGUGAAACCAAAGCUUGCACAACAAACUUAUAUCAUUAUACAAGCCCAGUUAUAACUCAUCCAGGACACGAAGAAUAACUUCGUGAUGGCCUGAUGUGAUUUGUAGGACACCUUACCCCCGUUAGAUGACAAUUUACGUAUACACAUGGGUAAAUAUUUGUCAGUGCUAAUUAUAAUUGAAAUAUCCAAAGGGAUAAGGUACUCUAUAACAAAGAUCUGUGAUUUAAAAACAAACCGGUAACAUUCAUUCUCAUACCAAUGUGUUGAAGUUUCAUAUGUAACAAGUAUAAUAGUACCGUGAUUGCAACAUUGGUUACUUAUCCCCAAAAACUUGCUUCGAUGGAGUAUUCAUACACAUAUCCACGAUCUAGGGGAUUUGUAAUUAUUUAAUAUAUAUGUAUAUAUUAUUUAUAUUUUUCCAAUGAGACUCCAGAAAUAGAGGAAAAACACGAAGAAAAGUAUAGUUAUGUUUACUUGCUGUACAAGUGUGCAAAGGGAUAACGACAGUAUUAAGAUAUGAAAAUAUUAAAUUCUUAUCUCUCUGUUAUGUGUCGAAGAGAUGUCAACAGUUAAAGUAGUACUGCCCUUCUACAGAAAUGAUGUCCACGCGAUAUAGUUAAUUUUAUUACUCCAUACUGAAGAUAUCAGUUCUUUGUAAUUGUGUACAGCAAUAAUGUAGUCUACUUGGAAGUUAUAAAAUUUCUUCAAUCAUUCAAUUGAUAAAAAUAAAGUGUAUUUGAAAGCAUUCA